AUGAUAUUCGAGCCACGGCAGCACGGCCAAAAAUCUGAUGUGCUGACAUUCCUAGCCAGCACGGUGGCAGUGGUGCCGAUCUGCAGGUUCCUCAAGGUUUCCCCAGUGAUGGGCUUCCUGGGCAUCGGCCUCAUCCUGCAGCAACUUGGACUCCUCAACAACCGCGAGGAUGUGGAAAAGCUGAGUGAGCUUGGGGUCCUGUUCCUGCUGUUUGAAAUGGGGCUGGAGCUGUCACUGGACCGCCUCAAGUCGCUGGCAAAGUACGCGUUCGGCAUGGGCAGCCUGCAGGUCCUGAUCACCAGCCUGAUCUUCAUGUCCUUUGAGCUGCCAGCGGGCGGCUCCAGCCUGGGCACCAAGCUCCUGGAGCUGACCUGCGGCGCGCCGGCGUCGCUGGUGUCAGUGCGCACCCUGGACGAGGCGGUGGUCAUCGCAGCGGCGCUGUCCAUGAGCAGCAGCGCGUUUGUGCUGCAGCUGCUGUCCGAGCGCGGGGAGACGCCGACGCGCUUCGGGUCUGCCACGCUGGGCAUUCUGCUGUUCCAGGACAUUGCCAUCGUGCCCUUCCUGGUGCUGCUGCCCCUCAUUGAGAGCAGUGGCGGCAUGGAGAACGCCACAUCAGACACCCUGCUGGGAAUGCUUGGCCCGACAGCCUUCAACAGCGCAGCAGGGCUGGCUAUGCUGCUGUUGGCGGGGCGCGUGGUGCUGCGCCGCAUGUUCGAGCUGGUGGCCGAGUCGCGCAGCAGCGAGACAUUCGUCGCACUGUGCCUGCUGACUGUGGUGGGGGCCUCCCUGAUCACCUCCCAACUGGGCAUGAGCGACACCCUGGGCGCCUUCAUUGCGGGGGUGCUGCUAAGUGAGACCAGCUUCAGGACGCAGGUCGAGGCGGACAUCCGGCCCUUCAGGGGCCUGCUGCUGGGCCUCUUCUUCGUGUGCGUGGGCUCCUCCAUCGACAUGGACGUCCUGGCCCGCAACUGGGACGUGUGCCUCUGCAUGCUGACAGGCCUGGUCACCAUCAAGGCGGGAGUCAACAUCGCCCUGGGGCCGCUCUUUGGACUGAGCAGGGGGGAGAGCAUCCGCACGGGCUUCAUGCUGGCUCAGGGCGGCGAGUUUGCGUUUGUGCUGCUGUCCCUGGCCAGCGGGCUGGAGGUGCUGCCGGCCAGCCUCAACCAGAUCCUCAUCAUCGUGGUGGUCAUGUCCAUGGCGCUCACGCCCGCACUGGCGGAGGUCGGCAAGUGGAUCGCCAAGGAGACCGACGCGCGCUGGCCGGAGGGCGGCGGCCUCGGCGGCGCCGCAGCAGCUGCGCUGCCGGCCAGCACCUCAGCCUCCCCUGCGGACGGCGAGCUGGCCGUGGACGACCCCGUUGUGAUCCUGGGCUUUGGCCCCCAGGGCCAGAUGCUGGCCAACAUGAUCCAGUCCCCCCUGGCCGCACCCUCUGGCGCCAACAAGCUGGCCUACAUCGCCUUCGACCUCAACCCGGCGCGCGUCCAGGCUUCGCGCAAGGCGGGUUUCGCAGUGGUCUACGGGGACGGCAGCCGCACCAGCGUGCUGCACGCGGCGGGCGUGCACCGGCCCAAGGCGGUGGCGGUGUGCUACAGCGAGGUGCACCGCAACAAGGCGGCUGUGGAGCUGGUGGGGGCCGCCUUCCCCGGGGUGCGCAUCUAUGCGUGCGCCAAGAACUUCAGGGAGGCGGCGGCGCUCAAGGGCGCGGGCGCGCACCGCGUGAUCAUCACGAGCAGCGAGGCCGGCCUCAACCUGGGCACGCGGCUGCUGGCUGACGUGGUGGGCUCGGAAAUCGGGGAUGCCGACACCCUCAGGCGUGGCAUCCAAAAGUCCCUGGAGAUCCGCACCGAGGCGCUGCGGGAGCGCUUGCGCACCGCCAAGGCCGCGGACGCCACUGCCAGGCCCGCCCUGCCGGCCUUGGAUGCGCUGGCCAGCGGCGGGGGGGCCGGGGACCCCAUGCCGACUAAGGAGCAGAUCGAGCUGUUCGUGCUGGACCCCGCGGUGGCCCGCAGCAUCGCCGCGGCUGAGGAGAGCGGCGGCGCUGGUAGUGGCAGCACGCGCUCCGAGGGGCCCCAGAGCUCCGCGGGGCCGGGGUUGACAGGGAGGAGCGCUGUAGACGGCGACGCCGGGCUCGCGGACAACGCGAGCGUGGAGGAGCGCGAGACGGCCCUGCGCGAGAGCUUCCAGGAGUUUUUGCUGGACAUUGGCAGUGACAUGGGCGUGGAGGCGGAGGCGGCUGCCGCCGCGGCGGCGGAGAUCGUUGCGGCCUACGGCGCCAAUGGCAAUGGCACGCGCAUGCCCAGGGACACUGCUGCUGACCUGGUGUCAGUCUCUGUUGCGGAUGCCAGCCCCAACGGCCUGGUGGCAAAUGGCAGUUUCGGCAGCAACGGCAGCAACGGCAGCGGCGGCGGCAGCAGCAGCAGCAGCAGCAGCAGUAGUACCAGCAUCAGCAGGGAUGAGCGACUUGACGGCGACGUCGUCACAGUUGCGGCGGCCCCCGUGGGCGCCAGGGCAGCCGUCCGAGGUGGCGAUGACGGCAGCAGCAGCAAUGGCAGCGGCAGCGGGGUUGCCGGCAGCCAGUGA